UAUACACCUGAAGUCAAUGAAUUUAAGUAUUUAAAAACAAUGAAAAACAUUUGAAAAGAUUUUAAAAUAUUCUAGACAAUUUACGAUGUUGUUUUGUUAAUGUUGAAUUCAGUUAAAUUAUGUAAACAUUUUUAACUAUUGCAAAUUUAAAAAUAGUUUAAUAAGACCAUGGAUGAUGAUGAAAAUGACGUUCAAAUUAUCAAAGUUACCACUUCUUCCAAGAAAAAGCAGAAAGAAUUAUCCUGGGUAUCAUCUUCAUUUGAUGUAUUUGAACCAAUUGAAGGAAUACCAAAAUCAUUGAAUACACCUAAGCAACAUAAUGUACCUAAAACGAAACCACGAGGAACUGGAUCUCAGCAGAAACUGUUGACUUCCUACACCAAUGGCAGCCUGUCCAGAAAGCGCCAGAGAGAUCCAUUUGACCAGACCGCAGGUCUAGCACCGAUUCAAAGCUCUCUUAAAAGUGCUGCCAACUCUGAGCUCUGGUUAGACAAGUACAAACCUACCUCCAAGACAGAUUUGGCUGUACAUAAAAAAAAAGUCGAUGAGGUUUCUGACUGGCUGAAACAAAGCACAUCAGACUUCCACAAGAACGAAGCUUCAAUUUUACUACUUACUGGGCCAUCCGGUGCUGGUAAAACUAUCUGUUUGCAUCUGCUUUGUGCAGAGCUUGGCCUUGACCUUCAAGAAUGGUCCAACAGCUCAGAGCAAGCAGCAGACCAGUGGACAGAUGAAAACUUUCAUUCAUCAGAGAGGUCCAAAAUUGAUGUGUAUCAAAGCCAGUCACAAAGUGUGAUCUUCCACAACUUCCUCUUGAGAGCAAACAAAUAUCACGCUCUUGAUCUGAUUGGAUCUGGUUCCAGCACCAACAUAAGCACAAACCAGAUGAAGAAAUCCGUGAUAGUGGUGGAGGAUAUGCCAAAUAUUUUCUUCAGAGAUUCGGCUCAAUUUCAUAAUAUACUCAGAAAGUUUCAUGCAUCUGGUCGCCGCCCUCUUGUGUUCAUCAUGAGUGAGUCCAACAGCAGCUCGUCAAACAUCCAGAAAUUAUUUCCUAAAGAUCUUCAGCUCCAGCUUGGUAUAACAUCCAUCAGCUUCAACCCAGUAGCACCCACAAUGUUGGUCAAGGUUUUAAACAGAGUGAUCAGUAGAGAAGCUGGACAGCUAAAGUUUGCACCUCCUAGCAUAUCUGUGAUAGAAACCAUAGCCAUGUCAUCUAAUGGUGACAUCAGGUCAGCUUUGAACACUUUACAGUUUGCCUGCAGGCAAGAUACAAUAGACCUGAAGGGAUUAUCAAGAUACGCAUCUAAGUCAAAGGGGAAAAGAUCCGUAUCUAAGUCAGGAAGUGUAUCCAGACAGGCUAGUGAUGAUGGCACUGACACCUCCUCCAUUAUAGGGGCUAAAGAUAAAACCGUCUUUCUCUUCCACUCCAUCGGAAAAAUUCUCUACUUUAAAAGGGGAGAGCCAAAUGAACAAACAUCUCUACCAAAGCACUUGAAAAGCUAUGAGAGACACCCUUUAUUAACAGACCCAGAGGAAGUGGCCUUUAGAUCACAGCUAUCUGAGGAGUAUUUCAACUCUUAUCUGCAUGAAAACUAUGUUGAGUUUUUGUCCACUGUUGAAGACUUAGAGCGAGCAUCAGAAUACUUCAGUGACUCUGACUACAUCUCCUCUAUGUGGAUGGCGAGGGAAGAACUCCAGAAAUAUUCCCUCUCAGUGGCAGCCCGAGGUUUCAUUCACUCCUGCUCUGAUGUCUCUCACCAUGACAGUGUGAGGAAAAGUCAAGGCUGGCGACCUCUACACAAAUCUCAGUGGUUUCAAUCUAGCAAACGAGCAAAUGAAAAUAUGACAACAGCAAGACAAUUAUUUAAAGGUUACCAUUGGGAGCCUGAGGUGUUAUAUGCAGAGAUUCUCCCUUACAUCAAUUUAACUAACCCAACAUUGCAUGAUACAGGCCAAAUAAGUUUUGUCCAAGAGAUGACCCAGUUCUCAAGUCAGAGGCAUUUGCAUGGGCGAAGAGCUGAGAGACUGGAUGAGAAAGAUGUUGUGAUGAAUGAUGAGAGUCUAGCAGAUGAUGAAAGUGCCACAUCACAGUUGAUGUCAAACAAAGAUGUGCUAGCACCUAGUCAAGAUGUUGAGUCUAGCCAUCAGGAUGAUGAUGAUGUACCCAACAGUCAAAGUAACAUCCGUGGUUUGUGUGAGGAUGAUGACAUUGUGAUAGAAGACUUUGAUGAUGACUUCUAGAUUGUUCUUUUUGUUAUUAUUGCAAAAAAAAAAAAGGACAUAACUAUCACCUAAUUAUUCCUCUGUUUUAUUAUGUGACAAAUAAAAUAGAAAGAAAGAAAUACUCUUUUUACUUGUACAAAGUACAAAGCAAUCAAUAAAUAUCUUGACAAUGUUGUUAUUGCAUGUUUACAGAAAAAAAAUGAAAUUAACUUGCCAGAACAAAUGUUGGAUUAUAUUUCUGAAUGUAAAUAUGUUAUUAAAGUUAGUGUGAAUACAGUUGAAUUCAGACUCAUUUGUUUGUAUAGACUUCCAUUUUCUUUUUAAUAAUUGUUUUGUGUAAUCU